ACGCACGGCGGAACCAUUAUUUGGGUUCGCCGGAACGUUUUUCGUGAUACACCCGGCUCUACCACUUUAACUACUUUUCUUGUUGUUUCCGCUCCUUUGUUGGAUAAAAACACAAUUUCCCCUCUAUAAUAUUCUACCUCAACUGCAGAGAUGGCGGGUAACUUCUGGCAGAGUUCUCAUUAUCUGCAAUGGGUCCUGGACAAACAGGACCUCAUAAAGGAGCGCCAGAAGGACCUGAAGUUCCUCUCAGAGGAGGAGUACUGGAAGUUACAGAUUUUCUUUGCAAACGUUAUUCAAGCUCUGGGUGAACAUCUGAAGCUUCGACAGCAGGUCAUUGCGACGGCAACUGUGUACUUCAAGCGCUUCUAUGCCCGGUAUUCUCUAAAAAGUAUAGAUCCGGUCCUCAUGGCUCCCACUUGUGUGUUCCUGGCCUCUAAAGUCGAGGAAUUUGGAGUUGUAUCCAAUACCAGAUUGAUUUCAGCAGCCACCUCUGUAUUAAAAACAAGAUUUUCUUAUGCCUUUCCAAAGGAGUUUCCUUACAGAAUGAAUCAUAUUCUAGAGUGUGAGUUUUACCUUUUGGAGCUAAUGGACUGCUGCCUGAUUGUGUACCACCCCUACAGACCUCUGCUGCAGUACGUGCAGGACAUGGGGCAGGAGGACAUGCUGCUGCCGCUAGCGUGGCGGAUAGUGAACGACACGUACAGGACGGACCUGUGUCUGCUCUACCCUCCCUUCAUGAUUGCUUUAGCUUGUCUGCAUGUCGCCUGUGUGGUGCAGCAGAAAGAUGCCAGGCAGUGGUUUGCAGAACUCUCUGUGGACAUGGACAAAAUCCUGGAGAUCAUCCGUGUCAUCCUGAAGCUCUACGAUCAGUGGAAGAACUUUGACGACAGGAAAGAGAUAGCUGCUGUUUUAAACAAGAUGCCAAAACCUAAGCCGCCUCCCACCAGUGACGGGGAUCAGAACUCCAAUGGGAACCAAAGCAACUCUUACAGCCAGUCUUAGCUGACAAUCUCCAUCUCAUUGGGAAUGCAUAGACUUUGGGAUGAGUGGAAGUUCAAACGCAGCACAUCCACGUUACACGGAACUAGUUUUUCCUUUGUGACGGGACAACACCGUCUUGACUCUCUGAUGAGAAGAGGAACUGAUAUGAUGGUUCAUUUAAAAAAAAAAUACUCCUGACGUCCUUGAACUUCCCCAGAGAGCGAAUCAUUUCAUAAGAAGCUCCGAGGGGUUUGUUAAAACUUGAUCCCCAGUAGAGUGAAUGUGUGCGAGUUGCAGGCGAGACGCCAACCGUGUGAGUUUUCCUUCCUCAGGGAUUGCAGUGAUCUUGAGAUGGUAGGAUUUUGUGCUGUAGCCGAGGAUACUGAUUGGAAAUCCUUCGAUGCAAGUCGGUCUGUGCCGCUUUACUGAAGCACUAUGGGGGGAAAAACCCCAAACUAGACCCCUCUUAUUAAUACUUCUUUAAAUACCUGUUUUUUUCUCUUUUUGUAAAUAGUUUUAUUGUAUUUUUGUUUAACCUGAACAGAAAUCCCCUCGUUUUUAUGGUUGAAAUGAAAGUGUCCUGUAUAAGAAUUCAGUUUGCCUUUCAGGUUUUUCAACUCUUUUAUUUUUUUCUCUUUUAUGUUUGACAUCAAUUAAAAUCGCCAACUUGUGAUGUUUGUGCAAA